GGUAGUUGGAAGCAUAAGCUAAACUCAUUAAGCCAUUCUUUACACACCGAGCUCCGUGAAUUCCGCUCAUAGUUAGUCCAUGCUUCUCCAACUUCCACUUAUUUCUUCAUUUCAUGAAUCAAAAUUCCCCGUUGAUUUAUUAUCAGAUCUACCCCAAAUUUAUACGACGAAACAAAUCACAACCUACCAACGAUACACAAUAGUAAAACCAUACAACACAAUUAAUACCUUCGAAUCUCAUCAAAUUCCUCAUUUCACCUUCAUCCAUACAUCAUUUAUAUCAUCAACUUCAAUUCUUACAACUUAUCUUUCGUCAACCUUUCAAUCGCCACUCAUCACACACCACAAAAAUGUUUCGUAGAGCUUUGUUAAAUGCACCUCGCGUUGCCGGUAGAGUAUUAUCGGCGAGCAAUCACUCCGCCACCGGACCUCUAUCUGCUCAACUUGCAUCACCGUCCUUCAUUGCUGGCCGCAGAUCAUAUCAUGAAAAAGUCCUCGAUCAUUAUUCGCGGCCGCGAAAUGUUGGCAGUAUGUCAAAGACAGAUACUGAUGUAGGAACUGGGUUGGUCGGCGCACCUGCAUGUGGUGAUGUUAUGAAGUUGCAAAUUAGGGUGGAUCCAAAUACGAAUACUAUUUCCGAUGUGAAAUUUAAGACAUUUGGUUGUGGUUCGGCCAUCGCCUCUUCUUCAUACUUGACGGAACUGGUUCGAGGAAUGACACUUGAGGAGGCCGGUCGAGUGAGAAAUACAGAAAUUGCAAAGGAGCUAUGCCUUCCGCCGGUGAAGCGUAAGUCUACGCAAAGAAUAUCUACCCAGUUUUACAUGCUAACACUCAUCCAGUCCACUGCUCUAUGCUUGCUGAAGAUGCCAUUAAAUCUGCCAUUUCGAAUUACUACACCAAGAACCCCAAAUCACAAUCUACCAACCUCGGAGGUACUGGUGCAUCCAUGCCAAAGAUUGAUGCAGAGACAGUGAUGGAAACCGCACAGUCUCAGACUGCAACUGUCUAAAGUUUUGAGAAUAAGCACAUUUGGGAUAUGGAAGUGUUUCUUUUCCGCGUGUAUUAUGAUUGGGAAGGUGCAGUUGUUUGAUACGGUAAAAGCAUGGAUCAGUGAUAGGAUGUCCAGGAUAUUGGAGACGCUGAGGAUAAGAAGGGCCGAGGAGACUGGUCCACAUGACACUCGUUUGGGUUCUAUGCAGAUGGGCAUUUACCAAAUCGUUUAUGGGAGUUUAGUUCUCUCCAAUCUCGCAGCAUACCUUAGGUACAUCAAUCAAGUUGAAAUGAGCCAUAAGAUACCAAAGCUUAUGUAUGAUCAGCAACUUCCGCCAAUUUUUCAAAGUGAUUGGGCAGGUUUUUGAUACGUACUGUGCCAUGCUCGUCCUCUGUAGAGCAUUAGACGACAUUUGUAUUAUCAUUGUAGCGCAACAAAAGUGCUCACAAUGUCCACGAAGAAUCAUGGUAGAUGUAGAUUCAUUUUGAAAUAAAUACUAGGCAGGACGAAACUCAUUACCCUACAACCACAAAUGAUAGAUAAGUUUAACAGAAUCAUGGUAACACUGGAUGGCGGAAUGGGCUUAAGGAAGAAAGGAUUGCAGACCGAGAUGGGGUCAGGGGUUUUAUGUACCUUUCUGUUCUACAAAUGAUAAAAGGCAUU